AUGGCGGAGGGGUUGGAGCGUGUCCGGAUCUCCGCGUCGGAGCUGCGAGGGAUCCUGGCCACUCUGGCUCCACAGGCCGGGAGCAGAGAAAAUAUGAAGGAGCCCAGGCAGCGAAAAGAUAACAGGCGCCCAGAUCUGGAAAUCUAUAAGCCUGGUCUUUCCCGACUAAGAAACAGACCUAAAAUCAAGGAACCCUCUGGGAGUGACGAGUUGAAGAAUGAAGUUGUUAAUGACAGAGAUUCUUCUGCUGUUGGAAAUUGUACCCAGCUCAUUAAAGAUGUCUGCAAAGACAACCCACAGCAAAAUGGUCCUGUAGACUCAGAAAAUAUUCGGGCACAGGAGUCCUUUCCUCGGACUGUUGGACAAGAGGAUCGAAGCCUAAGAAUUAUUAAGAGGACAAAGAAACCGGACAUGCAGAUCUAUCAACCUGGAAGGCGUUUGCAGACUGUUACCAAAGAAGCCACCAGCCGGGUGGAAGAGGAAGAAAUCCUCAACCAGGUAGAGCAACUGAGGGUAGAGGAAGAUGAGUGUAGGGGAAAUGUGAAAGAGGAGGUGGUGAACAAGCCGGACAGAGAGGAGGCUGAAAAGAGCCCAAGUGGUGACAGAAUAAGGGCUGCAAAGGGAGAAAAAGGAAAGAGGGUAGAAAAGGGGGAGGGGGUGAAGAAGGUGAACGAAGACUUGGCGCAGGGGAAGCCAGGUUCUGCCAAGCGCUACUCCCGCUCAGACAAACGCAGGAACCGCUAUCGCACUUGCAGCACCAGCUCGGCUGGUAGCAACAACAGUGCCGAGGGGGCUGGCCUGACUGACAGUGGAAGUCGCCGCCGCCGCCAGGAUCGGACCAAGGAGAGGCCCCGACUGAAGAAGCAGGUGUCUAUGUCCUCAACCGACUCCUUGGAUGAGGAUAGAGUUGAUGAGCCUGAUGGACCACGGAGGAGCUCAGAGAGGAAGAAGCAUUCAGAAAGAAGCUGGUCUGUCCGAGGGGAGGGAGAGCAGAAAAGCAAUGGUAAAGAAAAUCGAGGCACUCUUCGAGUCACUUUUGAUGCAGAAACCAUGAACAAAGAUUCCCCAGUGGUGAGGUCGGCCAGGGAAGAGGUGGAUAGGUUAAAGCCAGACAAAGGCUCGAGCGGUGGGGGCAAAGGCUCUGAGAAGCCGGAGUCCAAAAACCUGAGACAGGAACUUCGGGGUCGUGGCCGGGGCAUUCUCAUUCUCCCUGCCCACACCACCUUGUCAGUCAGUUCAGCUGGCUCUCCAGAGUCGGCACCUUUGGGACCUCGGCUUUUAUUUGGAACUGGUAGCAAGGGAUCUCGGAGUUGGGGCCGGGGAGGCACCACUCGACGAUUGUGGGACCCAAACAAUCCUGAACAGAAACCCGCUCUAAAGAGCCAGACGCCGCAGCUGCAUUUCUUGGACACUGAUGAUGAAGUCAGCCCUACCUCCUGGGGUGACUCACGCCAGGCCCAAGCCUCUUACUACAAGUUUCAGAACUCCGACAACCCCUAUUAUUACCCCCGGGCACCAGGCCCCGCCUCCCAGUAUCCUUACACAGGCUAUAGCCCUCUGCAGUACCCGGUGGGCCCUACAAACGGUGUGUACCCAGCGCCUUACUACCCGGGCUACCCAGCUCCAUCAGGGCAGUAUGUGUGUAGCCCUCUGCCUGCCAGCACCAUGAGUCCUGAGGAGGUGGAACAGCACAUGAGGAACAUGCAGCAGCAGGAACUGCACCGGCUCCUCCGGGUGGCUGACAACCAAGAACUACAACUCAGCAACCUGCUCUCCAGGGACCGCAUCAGUCCUGAGGGCCUGGAGAAGAUGGCUCAGCUCAGAGCUGAACUGCUGCAGCUAUAUGAGCGCUGUAUUCUGUUAGAUAUUGAGUUCUCUGAUAAUCAGAAUGUGGAUCAGAUCCUGUGGAAGAAUGCUUUCUAUCAGGUGAUUGAGAAGUUCAGGCAGCUUCUCAAGGAUCCGAAUGUUGAGAACCCAGAACAGAUUCGGAACAGACUUUUGGAGCUCUUGGAUGAGGGCAGUGACUUCUUUGAUAGCUUGCUUCAGAAGCUGCAGGUCACUUACAAGUUCAAAUUGGAGGACUACAUGGACGGUCUUGCCAUUCGCAGCAAGCCAUUACGAAAGACAGUAAAAUAUGCCUUGAUCAGUGCCCAGCGAUGUAUGAUUUGCCAAGGAGAUAUUGCCAGGUAUCGGGAGCAAGCCAACGACACGGCAAAUUAUGGGAAGGCACGCAGUUGGUACCUGAAGGCCCAGCAUAUUGCUCCGAAGAAUGGGCGCCCUUAUAACCAGUUGGCUCUGCUGGCUGUGUAUACGAGGAGGAAACUGGAUGCUGUCUAUUAUUAUAUGCGCAGUUUAGCUGCCAGCAACCCUAUCCUGACUGCCAAGGAGAGUCUCAUGAGCUUGUUUGAAGAGACCAAACGGAAGGCGGAACAGAUGGAAAAGAAGCAACACGAAGAAUUGGAGCUGAGCCCUGACCAGUGGCGGAAAGGGAAGAAAUCCACUUUCCGGCAUGUAGGAGAUGACACCACUCGCCUGGAGAUCUGGAUUCAUCCAUCCCAUCCCCGGUCCUCCCAGGGCACCGAGUCUGGGAAAGAUUCUGAGCAGGAGAAUGGGCUGGGCAGCCUGAGCCCCAGCGAUCUGAACAAAAGGUUCAUCCUCAGUUUUCUCCAUGCCCAUGGGAAGCUGUUUACCCGGAUUGGGAUGGAGACAUUCUCUGCAGUGGCUGAGAAGGUCCUCAAGGAGUUCCAGGUGUUGCUGCAGCACAGCCCCUCUCCUAUUGGAAGUACCCGCAUGCUACAGCUUAUGACCAUCAACAUGUUUGCUGUACACAACUCCCAGUUGAAAGACUGCUUCUCGGAGGAGUGUCGCUCUGUGAUCCAGGAGCAGGCUGCAGCCCUGGGCCUGGCCAUGUUUUCUCUCCUGGUGCGACGCUGCACCUACUUACUGAAGGAGUCGGCCAAAGCUCAGCUGUCCUCUUCUGAGGGGGAGGAGGAUCAAGAUGACAUCAAGGUGUCCUCCUUUGUCCCGGACCUGAAGGAACUGCUCCCCAGUGUGAAGGUCUGGUCAGACUGGAUGCUCGGCUACCCAGACACCUGGAACCCUCCGCCCACCUCCCUGGACCUGCCCUCACAGGCUGCUGUGGAUGUGUGGUCGACGCUGGCUGACUUCUGUAACAUACUGACUGCGGUGAAUCAGUCUGAGGUGCCACUGUACAAGGACCCGGACGAUGACCUCACCCUCCUCACCCUGGAAGAGGACCGGCUUCUCUCGGGCUUUGUCCCCUUGCUGGCUGCCCCUCAGGACCCCUGCUACGUGGAGAAAACCUCGGAUAAGGUUAUUGCAGCCGACUGCAAAAGGGUCACAGUGCUGAAGUAUUUUCUGGAAGCCCUUUGUGGACAAGAAGAGCCUCUGCUGGCAUUCAAGGGUGGAAAAUAUGUGUCAGUGGCACCCGUCCCAGACACCAUGGGAAAGGAAAUGGGAAGCCAAGAGGGAAAACAACUGGAAGAUGAGGAGGAGGACGUAGUGAUUGAAGACUUUGAGGAAGACUCGGAGGCCGAAGGCAGCGGGGGCGAGGACGACAUCAGGGAGCUUCGGGCCAAGAAGCUGGCUCUGGCCAGGAAGAUAGCGGAGCAGCAGCGUCGCCAGGAGAAGAUCCAGGCUGUCCUGGAGGACCAGAGUCACGUGAGGCAGAUGGAGCUCGAGAUCAGACCCUUGUUCCUCGUCCCAGACACCAACGGCUUCAUUGACCACCUGGCCAGCCUGGCGCAGCUGCUGGAGAGCCGGAACUACAUCCUGGUGGUGCCCCUCAUUGUGAUCAAUGAGCUGGACGGCCUGGCCAAGGGGCAGGAGACAGACCACCGGGCCGGGGGCUAUGCCCGCGUGGUGCAAGAAAAGGCCCGGAAGUCCAUUGAGUUCCUUGAGCGGCGAUUCGAGAGUCGGGACUCUUGCCUGCGGGCCCUGACCAGCCGUGGCAAUGAACUCGAAUCCAUCGCCUUCCGCAGCGAGGACAUCACUGGCCAGCUGGGUAACAACGAUGACCUGAUCCUCUCCUGCUGCCUCCACUACUGUAAAGACAAGGCGAAGGACUUCAUGCCUGCCAACAAAGAGGAGCCCAUCCGGCUACUGAGGGAGGUGGUGCUAUUGACAGAUGACCGGAACCUGCGUGUGAAGGCGUUGACCAGGAACGUGCCUGUGCGGGACAUCCCGGCCUUCCUCACGUGGGCCCAGGUGGGCUGA